AGUUCCGUUUGGACUCUUCGGGGAUUUAAUACGUCUUAGUUUCCCGCGACUUCGUGUCGAUCAUAAUCUCCCUCUCUCGAGCUCUGCAAGACCUAAUCCAUGGCGUCCAGAACCCUCUCUGCUUUCUUUAACUAAGAUUGAAGGUUUUUCUUACGUUUCUCAUAGUGAGAGAGCUGAUAUAAAAGGGGAGAAGAGAGAGCAUGGAAGAAGCUAAGAAAGAGGAGAGUAAUGUGGAAGCUACCAAGGAUGUUACAGUCGCUUCGACUUCUUCAGUUUCCGAUAGUAGUUGUGACACUGUUGUUCCCAAGUUAGGCUCUGUUCAAGGGAGAACAACUGGUCCCACCAGACGUUCGACAAAGGGAGGUUGGACAGAGGAGGAAGAUGACCUGUUAACAAAAGCAGUCAAAAAAUUCAAUGGAAAAAAUUGGAAGAAAAUAGCUGAAUGGUUCCCUGGUCGGUCAGAUGUGCAGUGUCUGCAUCGAUGGCAGAAGGUUCUCAAUCCUGAACUCAUUAAAGGACCAUGGACAAAGGAGGAAGAUGAUCGUAUUAUUGAGUUGGUAGAAAAAUAUGGUUGUAAAAAGUGGUCUGUCAUUGCAAAGUCCUUGCCAGGCCGCAUAGGAAAACAAUGUCGAGAAAGGUGGCACAACCAUUUAAACCCUGCUAUAAAGAAGGACGCAUGGACCAAGGAGGAGGAGUUGGCUCUUAUACGUGCACACCAAAUAUAUGGGAACAAAUGGGCUGAAAUCGCAAAAUUGCUCCCUGGAAGGGCGGACAACUCAAUUAAGAAUCAUUGGAACUGCUCAGUAAAGAAAAAGUUGGAUUCAUAUUCAGCUCAUGGGUCUUUGGGGGAUUUGCCUCCAAUUGCUUUUUCUGAUUCCUACAAUCAUGAAAUAAAAGUGGAGCAUAAAAGGGAUGAAGUGGUAGGCAGAAGUCCUAGAACAAUGGUUUGUUUUGACAAGAAAGUUGACACGGGCAAUGGUGUUGAUGCUAAUUUGAGAGGUUCAAUUCUUGGAAAUGCAAAUGGAGUACAGACACAUCUACAACUAUGGCCUGUUGACAUAGAAAACUGUAGAUCUUCCAAAGUAGAAGUGGAUGGUUUGGAGAAACCAUCCAUUGAGACCCUAUGUGAUGAUAAAGAUGCUGGGGAAAACGGUCUGACCAGUGAACCGUGCAUCAACAAUGCUAAACUGUCAGAUGAUUCACAACAUGGAAUUGUUGUUCAAUCAGGAAAAUUGUGUGGGGUUCCAUUUGAUGAUUCUUUGGCAUUAUUGCAUUCAAAUAAAUCUGCAAGUGUACCUGCUGACUGUAAAAGUCUUUCAUCUCCUCAACCUCCUUCACUGCGUGUAAUUGUGUCAGCUUCUCCAUAUGUUGCCUUGGACAUGACUGAAUGUAGUGGAAGAAAUGGUAGUCCUCCAGAAAGGUCUCUUCCUACAACCAUUAAAAAAUCACAAGAAUCACCAAAGAGGCCCCAGAAUUAUGCUCAUUUCAUGAAUACGUCAUGUGGUAAGGAUUCAAGAUUCAACUUUCAACGUUACAGUAACUUCUCAAGAUUGUCAGAACAUGAAUUUAAUGGUGACAACAGUGUAGUUGGUAAGCACCCCAAAGUCUCCGGGACAGGACAUUCUGAGGAUACAAAUUAUGGCCGUUUGUGUUAUGAGCCUCCCCAGCUGAAGGAUUUAAAUAUUGCUUUGGCAACUGGUGGAUUUUCUAGUACAGAUAACUAUUUUCAGAAAGAAAACAAUACAGUCUGUUAUUCUACUCCACCUAGCUGCAUUCAAGUAACCUCUGGAAAUGGUAGUAGCCCAGACCAUAUAUUGAGGAGUGCUGCAAGGAGUUAUCAAAAUACCCCAUCUAUCAUAAGAAAGAGAGGGCGUGAGGCUUCCAAGCAAGCUGGCAAUUCAAAUGAUUCUGAUGGCAUUUGUACACCAGAAGCAAGGUAUGGUAGUUCAAAUGACAGGCUGAGGAUGAUGCCUUUCUGUGACCAUGGUGGUCAAGAUGAUCUCAAUAGUACGGACCUUCUAAACGUGAAACGACUUUUCCUCUCUCCCCGAAAUUCUCCAGAAACUGAAACAUCUGCUUUGAAAUCAGUGGAAAAACGCCUUGAACAUGCCUUUGAUAUGGAAUGGGAUAAUCCAAGGGCUAAAUGUAGUCCCUCAACUACAGCAAGUGAUUCUUCUGAUGCUGUUCAUUGUUCACAUACAAAAGUGAUGCCUUUUGACAACUCUCCUGAAUCUUUAGUGGAGCAUUCGGGUCUUUCUUGGAACUUCAUUUCACCUGAUUCUGGGUGCAGUUGCAACUCUGUGGCUUGAAAUCUUAUUAUGGACAUAUGAUCUGAUAUCUUCAACAUUGAAGAUAACCAUCCGAAGGGAGUUGAAAUGAAGAAAAAACAGUAAAGCGCUGUCUACAGGAUGACCGCGGGCAUGCUGGUUCCACUACAUAUUUGCUGAUUUUUAAGUUGAAAAGUGAGUUAUCUUGACUCCACUUUUCUUUCCUUUCCUAAUACCACUUGACUCCACUUUUAGGGGCCAUUGCUUCGUAUGGUGUGGUGAUAUCUCAGGUCAGCAAGCAUGAUAACACGGUUUUAAGUCUGAGAGUGGCUACUUCCCAAGACCUUGUAUAGGUUGGUCUUGCAUUGGGAAAUGGCUUUUACUGGAGAAGGGUCUUCUUCUUUGGGUGCACGUCGGUAGUUAUGAUUCCAGUCUCCUUUAUUUUAUUUUCUCAUUUUCUUUAUUUUUCUUUAAUUUUUUGGGGAAGGGGGGAGGGUUAUGCAGGUUGGAGUGAGGGAUGUUCUACGGCAAGGUUCCCUAGUUUUUGGCCGACGGUGUUUCUGUGGUUUUUAAUUAGUUUCUACAGGUCUUUCAAAAUUUUUGUUUUCUUUUUUUUUUUUUCCCUUUUCAGCAGGGCUAUUGAUGUAAAUAGGGAAAGAGGGAUGAGAGAUAUUUGAGUCCCAACCAUUCUGGGGCUUCUAUGAUUGAACAGUAAAGUGAAGAAACCAGGUAUGGUUCUGUAGGUAGGUCAAAGGAAGAGAAGGUACACUGUAAAGGAGUAAAAAUUCAAUGAAAAUUUUGUCCAUAUUUUUGAAUGAA